AUGGCGUUACCAAAACCCGAGGAGGACCCGGCCGAGCAAAAAUCUGUCACACUAUCGUCCCCGGCUGAUAAAGUGAACGGUGCUGCACGUUUAGAAUCAGAGAUAAUUACUUUGGUGCCUUCGAAGGUCGUUGAUUUGGUCGGUGAAUCGGUUAUGACUGAGAGUGCUCAUAUUAUGAAUGACAUGGCGGACGAUCCGGGUUUGAGUAGUCUUCUCGGGGACAUAUUGGUUAGCACGAGACCAGCCCAGUUGAGCGUGCCGGAGCAAUGUACGUUGAGUGAGGCUUUAGCACCCUGA